AUGGGGUCCCGGAGUAAGGAGGCGGACAAGCUGUUUGAGAGUGCUCCGGUGUGUUUUCCGGAGGGCCGCCCCAUCCAGUGGGAGAGGACCACGGAGGUGGCCCCCGGCACCACAAAGGAAAUGGUUUACCAACGGCAUGACGACGUCGAGCAGAUUGAUUUGGGUCGGGUUCCGCCACCAGAUUACCCGGACUACUCUUGGCCUUCCUCCACCAAACAGCAACCCAAGUAUAGCGGUCCCAUAAGAAAGAAGCGCAGCUCUUGGUCUUUGGACGAACACAUAUUGUUCCUGGUGGGAGUGGAGAUACAUGGGAAGGGAAAAUGGAAGAAGAUAUCUGAAAACGUAGUGAGGACAAGAAGUGUAAUGCAGGUGGCAAGCCAUGCCCAAAAGUUUUAUCUUCUCCAAAGUAAGAGAGACGCAAGAGUUAAGAGAAGAAAAGGAGGAAUCAAUGCUCUCACUUUAGAAAACAUCUGCCCUCAUUGUUUGAACCACAUUCUUUCUUCAAUUCCCUCACUGCAUCAUCAUCAUCAUCACGUUCAUUAUGAUGUUCCAGUGAAUGAUCAGUCAUCUUCUUCAGGUCUUCGUCAAUUGCAAGAGCCAUAUCACUGUGAACCUAACUCACAAGUUCAUGAAGAUGAUCUUCCCAUGCAGCAUCAAUCACUGGGAAUGAAUCAAAGCUACCAAUCUGAGCAACAUCAGUCCAAGCCACCACAAAGACCGGAGCUGAUCAAUCCUUAA